GCAUGCGCCUUUGAGCCAAGUGUUAUGAAACCAGGGAUCCGUGCGCAAGCAGUUUUGGACCCUCGAUUGAGGCCAACGAUCCUGCAAGUGGCUGACGGCACUUUAACACCCAAGAGGGAAGAAUGUCCAUUUCUUUGGGCUUGACUUAAAUAUUCUCUUCGGGGUGCUUCCGCAAGACAAACAUGGCCCCCAAUUCCAUCCAUUGGUUCCGCAAGGGACUCCGUCUUCAUGACAACCCAGCUCUUAAGGAGGCAGUCCAGGGGGCAGCCACAGUGCGCUGCGUCUACAUUUUGGACCCUUGGUUUGCAGGUUCCUCCAAUGUUGGGGUCAACAGGUGGAGGUUUCUUCUCCAAUGUUUGGAGGAUCUGGACGGCAAGCUCCGGAAGCUAAACUCCCGCCUUUUUGUCAUUAGGGGCCAACCAGCCAAUGUUUUCCCACGACUCUUUAAGGAGUGGAAGAUCUCGCGGUUGACCUUUGAGUAUGACUCAGAGCCUUUUGGAAAGGAAAGAGAUGCUGCUAUCAAGAAGCUGGCUAUGGAGGCAGGAGUGAAAGUCAUCGUUAAGAACUCCCACACGCUGUAUGACCUGGACAAGAUUAUAGAACUGAACAGUGGCCAACCACCGCUUACAUACAAGCGUUUCCAGACACUGAUCAGUCGCUUGGAUCCGCCUGAGAUGCCUGUGGAGACGCUGUCAGACAGCCUGAUGGCCAACUGCAUCACCCCCAUCUUGGAGGACCACGGAGACAAGUAUGGGGUUCCAUCCUUGGAAGAGCUCGGCUUUGACACCGAGGGCCUGCCGACAGCUGUGUGGCCAGGAGGAGAGACUGAGGCUCUAACCAGAUUAGAGCGCCAUUUAGAAAGAAAAGCAUGGGUGGCAAACUUUGAGCGUCCAAGGAUGAACGCCAACUCGCUACUGGCCAGCCCAACGGGCGUCAGCCCUUAUCUGCGUUUCGGCUGCCUCUCCUGUCGCCUUUUCUACUUCAAGCUCACGGAUCUCUAUCGCAAGGUGGAAAAGAACAGUUCCCCUCCUCUCUCACAAUAUGGACAGUUACUGUGGCGCGAAUUCUUCUACACGGCGGCCACCAACAAUCCGCGCUUUGACAAGAUGGAGGGGAACCCCAUCUGUGUUCGCAUUCCCUGGGACAAAAACCCCGAAGCGCUCGCCAAGUGGGGUGAAGCCAAGACCGGCUUCCCCUGGAUAGACGCUAUCAUGACUCAGCUGAGGCAAGAGGGCUGGAUUCAUCCCCUGGCUCGCCAUGCUGUGGCAUGCUUCCUCACCAGAGGUGACUUGUGGAUCAGCUGGGAAGAAGGGAUGAAGGUUUUCGAGGAGCUGCUUCUCGACUCCGACUGGAGUGUGAAUGCGGGCAGUUGGAUGUGGCUGUCCUGUAGUUCCUUUUUCCAGCAGUUUUUCCACUGCUACUGCCCUGUGGGCUUUGGUCGGCGCAUCGACCCCAAUGGUGACUUCAUCAGACGUUACUUACCUGUCUUAAGAGCUUUUCCUGCCAAGUUCAUAUACGACCCAUGGAACGCGCCCGAGUCAGUACAAGCGGCCGCCAAGUGCGUCAUCGGCGUGAACUACCCAAAACCAAUGGUGCACCACGCCGAGGCCAGUCGGCUCAACAUUGAGAGGAUGAAGCAAAUCUACCAGCAACUGAGCCGAUACAGAGGACUAGGUCUGCUGGCAUCCGUUCCAUCCACAAAUGGUAACGGAAAUGGAGGAAUGAUGGCCUACUCACCUGGAGAACAACAGCAGGGGACCAACCGAAGCAACAACAACACCCCCCACAUGGCCGGCGUGUCGGGCAGCUCUGUCGUCACAGGCAACGGCAGCGGGAGCAUCCUCCUUAACUUUAACAGCGAGAAACAGCCGGGGCAGCGACGACAAAUGGCGCCGCAGCACGGUAACCAUACAGUGCCCGAAAUCAACACAGCGGUCACCAGUGGCAAACUGUACCAUGAGUUUGCCGUGCCUCAGCACCCAGGACUUGCACACAUCAGAGGCAGCAUGACAAGAAAACGCGAACGGGAGAUAGAACGCGAGGGUUCGAGGGAGGAAGACACGUCGUCCUGCUCGGGUCACAAGAUGCAGAGGCAAAGUACAGAGACCACCUAAAGUUCAUCACAAAAGAAGACACCGACUUUGGUCUUCUGUGACACACAUUCUGUCAGAAACUCCCAGGGUGAACACUGAGGUGAAAAUGUGAUUCAAGGCUCAGAUUUUCCGACACGUCUGGCAACUCCUGACCUAGCUUGCAGACUUGCAAAAAAAAAAACAUAGAAAAUAAUUGCAACUAAGUAUUUAUUUGUUUUUAAAAAAAAAAAAAAAAAAAAAGAGAAAGACAAAAAAGAAAAAGUCAGACCAGGUGUGCCCGUAAAAACCUUAAUUUGUGGGAGCACUACAUAAUACUUUUUGCUGCCACUUCUCAAUAUUUAUGUAUAUAAAAUAGUUUUUUUCAUUGAUAAUCCACACAUAAUUUCUCCCAGUUGCAUCUGAAUGAAAAAUAACAGUUCAGCGUUAAACUAACAUGUUGCGUACACAAGUGUCAAACUCAAGGCCUAUUGUAUUUUUCGCACUAUAAUGCAUAAUAAUGUUUUUUUGAGUAAAGUUUUUAAGUGCGCCUUAUAGUGCAGAAAAUACGGUAAUUGUCUUCCCUUUCUUUGGGUAAGCAGUUCCACUUUUAAAAUAAAUUGGAAAAACUGAUUUUUAAACAAAUUCUAACUGAACGUCGUUAUCUAUAAAUUUGUCGUGUAAUUGUGAUAAUAUGAGGUAAUCAUACAUUAUACGGGUUCACAGUCACAAUUCCCGUUCAAGGGAAACCAUACCAUGAUGUGACCCGUGACCAAAAAACAAGUUUGAUACCCCUGCUACAGACAAUGAUAUGGCAGUUAAAAGCAACAUCGGGUUAUAAAGGACAAUCUGUCUCUGUAUUUUGGUUCAUCUAAUCUGAAAUGUAAAAUGAGAUAUGCCAGGUAUUGACACACAACACUGUAUAUAGUACCUCAAACGAACGUUUGAGAACCCUUUGAAAAAGUAAUCAAUAGCUUUUGCCGACUCCUGGGGAUGUCAUUUUUGAGAGAGCAUCACAGUUCUGUUAAUCUUUGCCAUGUCACAUUUCCAACUCAGUGGUUGCCCUGACGUUGUCGCUCGAACGUUCUUAAGGGCACUUGAGCCUGUGCGACAUUUUCAACGAUGGUUCGCAGUCCUAAGGUGUUUUUAAGGACGCGGAUCUUCUCCAAGGUCCCCUUUUUUUCUACUGUUUCAUAUAAAAUAACCAGAAAAAUAAAGAAAAAUAAAGAGAAGUUGUGUUUGAAACAAACAUUCCUCACAACCAAGUCCGACCUCCUGUUGAAGGACGUCAACAGCACCAGCGUGUGUGACAAUUGACGUCCAGAGGGUGUUGUAAACUGUCGCUGUUUGAAGGAUGCCUGAAUCCAAUUCAUAACAAACAUGGCUGACAUCGGGUACCCGAUGGGCUGCGAAUAAGUGGCAAAGUCGGCUGCUGUGGUUCGGAGUCGAACCCGAGAAUGUCCACAUUUCCCCUUGUAGGAUGCAAUAUGAUGUUCAUACUGCCUAAUAAAAUCUACAUGAUGAGUCAACAUGUCAACUCUGAGCCCCAGUCAGGCAGGCCGGGGCAUUAUUGGAUUCAUAGGACAGAGCCUACAAUGUGACUUUGUGUGUCGAACAGGUCGCAAUUCUAUUUGUCGAUUCAGUGUGACCGACAGUAAUUCAGAGGCUAACAUGAGCCAAAAAUGACUUUCUUCAAAGUUAUUGUUUUCUCAUUGGAUUUUUAGUGUUGAAAUCGGGUUGUUUUGUAGAAUGACUUAUAAUAAGUAAUAAUGCUACAUUUAUUGUAUCAUUAGCAAUGCAAAUAUCCACUGCCCCUUUUCAACAGUUGUUUUGUUUCAAUUGUAUCCCAAAAAGGCAGAUUGGGGCUGCAGAUCAUGUGGCGACUCAGACUAUUUUGUUGUUGGAUUUUUUUUCUUUUAUAUUUAGGUGGAGAGGGGAGGGGAUUGUGGAUCUGUAUCAUAAUUCUGUGUUUCUCUUGAGGAUUUAAACAGUUUAUGUAGCGAUGAUCACAUCCAAUGAGAAAGUAAAUGUUUUUCUUUGAGUUACGCUGCCCAGCAUCGCACAACGGUGGAAGAAUGCCAUACGCAUCCAUUACAUUUCACCUGUGGCCUCAGUGUCUCACCUGAAAUGAGCUGGUAUGAGGUGUGAAAUUCCUCCACCGACACCAUCGAGUGUCUGUAAACUGGUGCUUAUUUUUUGUCCUCCAUCGUGAUGUGAAAGGCCUUGUUUGUGAUUGAUCAUAUUCAUGACAGCGAAAUAAAAAUGGUUUCAACUUGA